CUUCCUUCGCUAUGCUGAUGACACAAAUCAAGUUGUAUCAGCUUGCGAUUGGCCGAUAUGGCGGUGGCUUUCACGCUUCUUGCGCUCGAGUCACAAGAGUUGUGCAAAGCAUGUCACGUACUGGGCAGAAAGCCAGUCGUUGCCAUCCGCGAAGAGUACGCUUCAAAUUCAGAGGUGGCCAUUGCCAGUAGUACAUCUGCCGUUAAGAAGAUCAGCACGAUCGUGACUUGCCUGGUUGUUGAUGCCUAUCAAGCCCUCGGUCGUCAGCCGGCAACUACACAUUGCCACACGGGUCUUCACGGCCAUGCAGGAACCGACCCUCUCGUACGCAGCGAUCGUGUCCCAGUUUUCGUCUCCAUCUGGGUACGAAAUCCUCACGACGCACUUCGCGGGGGCUACGGGAGCUGGCAAAAGUGUUUCGUCACAGCAGAAGUAUGAGCAGAAUAUACUCCAGACGAUCGCGGAGUUGCAGAUCGGUGAAGUACUUGUGUUUUGUCCUAUUGUGCAGGUUUGUGAGAUUGAGGAUGUUGCUCGAAUGCAGGCCCUUGGCUCACAGUACAUGCGUUAACAGCGGCUGGACAAGGGAAGGAAG